CGGAGGUUUAUCAGAGGUCAGUGUGAGUCCUGCUAAUAGAAGCUACCGAGACACGCGGUCAUUCAGACAAACCACAGCAGCUUUGGACCCUAAUUCUACUUUUUCUCACACACCCCCCGGAAUUGGUCAGUGCAGAAAAAGUCAUGCAGGCUCAGGAUGUCCUGAGACAGCUGCGCAUUCCCGAGCUGGACGAUGUUCGCCACCUCAUGCGCGUACUGCCGACCAACGCGCUCAUGGGUGUCGGCGCUUUUGCCGCCAUCACCACCUACUGGUUCGCCUCCCGUCCGAAGGCUCUCAAAGCUCCGUGCGAUCUUGGUAUGCAGUCAGUGGAAAUGCCAGGUGACGAACUUGCUCGAAGAUCCGCCCUGAACGACAGUCACGAACACAUGACGCACUUCUACGAUGACGCUCACACCAUGUACCAGGUGUUCCAGCGGGGGCUCAGGGUGUCAAAUAAUGGACCGUGCCUGGGAUCCAGAAAACCAAACCAGCCGUACGACUGGCUGUCUUACAAAGAGGUGUCAGACAGAGCGGAGCAUAUCGGUUCUGCUCUCCUUCACAAAGGACACUCUCACACAGGAGACAAGUACAUUGGUGUUUUUUCCCAGAACAGGCCUGAGUGGACCAUUUCAGAGCUGGCCUGUUACACAUACUCGUUGGUAGUGGUCCCUCUGUACGACACGCUCGGCACAGAAGCCAUCGACUACAUUAUUGAAAAAGCCGAAAUGUCAACAGUGAUCUGUGACGUACCUGAAAAGGCUCACAUAAUUCUGGACUGUGUCAUUGGGAACGGGCGAACAGUGAAGACGAUCGUGCUCAUGGAGGUGCUUGACAGCGGCCUGGUGGAACGUGGACGGGACUGCGGCGUUGAGGUUCUGAGUUUGAAAGAUUUUGAGGCCUUGGGUGAAGCCAACCUCCAGAAACCACUGCCGCCCAGACCCCAGGAUCUUGCGUUGAUCUGCUUCACAUCUGGAACCACAGGAAACCCAAAAGGUGCAAUGCUUACUCAUGGAAAUGUAAUCGCCAACACUGCAGCUUUCCUGAGAGUAACACAGGUCCACUGCAUGCUGAGCCUCCAUGACAUUCACGUAUCCUAUCUCCCCCUAGCUCACAUGUUUGAGAGAGUUGUACAGGGUGUCAUCCUCAUCCAUGGGGCUCGAAUCGGCUACUUUCAAGGAGACAUUCGACUUUUGAUGGAUGAUUUGAAAACACUGCAACCAACGGUGUUUCCCGUGGUCCCACGUCUGCUAAACCGCAUGUUUGAUAAGGUAUUUAGUCAGGCAAAUACACCGCUGAAGAGGUGGGUGCUCGAUUUUGCCUUCAGGAGGAAGGAGGCGGAGAUGAAAAAUGGUGUGGUCAGAAAAGACAGCAUGUGGGACAAACUCAUCUUUAAAAAAGUGCAGGCAAGUCUGGGCGGUCGCGUGAGACUCAUGAUUACAGGAGCAGCGCCGGUGUCGCCAACCAUCUUGACAUUCCUGCGAGCUGCUCUGGGCUGUCAGUUUUAUGAAGGCUAUGGUCAAACUGAAUGUACAGCUGGUUGCAAUAUGUCAAUGCCUGGAGACUGGACAGCAGGUCACGUCGGGCCUCCUCUGCCCUGCAACGCUGUCAAACUGGUGGAUGUGGCAGAAAUGAAUUACCUGGCAGUCAAUGGAGAGGGAGAGGUGUGUGUGAAAGGACCAAACGUAUUCCAAGGAUACUUGAAAGACCCAGAGAAAACAGCUGAAGCACUCGACAAAGAUGGGUGGCUGCAUACAGGAGACAUCGGGAAAUGGCUCCCUAAUGGCACUCUGAAGAUCAUCGACAGAAAGAAGCACAUUUUCAAGCUGGCACAGGGAGAAUACAUUGCCCCUGAGAAAAUAGAAACCGUCUACAGUCGUUGUGAUGCAGUGGCCCAGAUAUUUGUUUAUGGUGAAAGCUUACAGGCCUGCUUGGUGGCGAUAGUCGUGACUGAUCCUGACUUUUUACCAGUGUGGGCUAAAAACAAAGGGGUUGAAGGAUCCUACUCUGAACUGUGCAAAAUGAAGGAGGUGAAGGCUGCUAUUCUGGAGGACCUCCUCAGGUUGGGCAAAGAAGCAGGUCUCAAGUCUUUUGAACAGGUGAGAGACAUCGCAUUACAUUCUGAGAUGUUUUCAGUCCAGAACGGCCUCCUGACACCGACCCUGAAGGCCAAGAGAGCAGAGCUUCGGAACCGCUUCAGAGAACAGAUCGAUGAACUUUACGCCAAAAUUAAGAUGUGAGCUGGGUUUGAGGAGUCCUUUAAGGAGAUGGUGAUUUAGCUCAUUAUUGUCAAUCAUUUAGAGUACACAGCCAGAAGUAAAACGUUCUGGUGAAGGGGCUUUUACUUGAUUUCUUUCAUUGCCAGUGACAGUCUUUGCAAUGUUGUGGAGACCUUCGCAAACAAACUGGAUAAUUAUGCUCAGAUUGACGUAUGUAUCGUGUCCACUUCGUUUAUUGAUUGUACAGCUCAACUUUUUCUGUUCUGGCAAAUAUGGUAACAAUAUUUCAGACCAAGACAUUUUACUGGUAUAAAUAAAUUAAAUUGUAUUUAAUUAAAUUGAACUUAUAUUAUAAGGGUUACACAUACGGAGGAAAAAUGGGAACUAUGACACACCCAUGCCUUAACUGCCCAAAGCUUUUAAUAUAUUACUAGAAAAGUCUCUGUAAACGUUUGUCUCAGGUUUUCUUGGGUGUCAAAACAACCGUUAUAAAAUCCUAAAAAUAUUUUCAAGUUUGUUGUGUCUCAAAUCAGAUACUGCAGGUAGUCCACUUGAAGUACAUUGUGUUCACAGAUGUAUUUAAAUUUUCCACAGGGUCAUGAACCAGUCAUGGCCAUUAUGCUCUUUUAUAAAACAAUGGUCAUAACAGUUGAUCUCAAUUGUUGACUGCCAAAAUAUCAAGCUUGACAUAAAAGAGAAUAACACUUGAGUUUCCUGUGAGUGCCUCUUUUCCCAUGACCCAGAAAUGAUACCACUAUCUGUGAAAUUCACACAUAAAUAAAAAUAAUUAAAAAUAAAAUAUAUAUACUGUAUAUGUAUACAUGUCACCAUGUCUUUAUCCACUUUGUAGCCAAGAUGAUGACCUUUGUGACUGAGGCUUGUCCAGAUAAUUUAUUUUAUAUUUUUAAGUACACCAUCUGGGUAAUUUUGCUGCCUUCAAAUGUUGUUUAAAUGUCAUGUUUAAGACACUGGGAGCGUUUGUGCAUGUUUGGCUUGGUUGUCAGGCGGUUAGGUCAAGAGAACAAGACAGCAAAGCAGUGGAUGCCAUAGGCUGUUGGGAUUAGCAACAUUUUUCACUUAUAUAAAAAAAUGUAUACCAGUAAAAUUACAAUAAAUUAAUUUACUAUCCAACCUAAAAUGUAUUUGUGUAUUGCCAUACUUGAAUUGAGACACAGCAUAACCAACACUAACUAUUUAUAUACCAGACUAUUUAAUGUUUCGGUUAACUACUGAGCUGAUGAGCUGUAAAUAGUGUGUCUGCUGAAAAUUUGUGUGGUACAGAGGAUCACGUCCGAUAAUCUGUAUCUUUAUUCCCUGCAUUCCCUUGUUUCUCAGUGCUGAAGGACUGAUUAACCUGUUCCAGUGCACAAUGUAGUUAAAAGCCAACUGGGAACCAUGUUGCUAAACAGAUGUGUGCUUUUUGACGGUUUUGUUUUCUUUGAACAAUGCAUGGGAAAUAUUAAAUGUUACAUCGGUGUACAUGCAGCUGCUCCUUUCAAACCAUAGUGCCACAAGCCGCAACAAUUAAGGUGCAUUCUAUCAUUGUAAUGAUUCACGAGUAUCAAGUGGAAUUAUGUUUUAAAGUUGUUAUCGCGUGACAUAAAUUGCCCAGUUUUUAAAAUAACCGUUUCCAUGUCCUUGUGAGCAUUUCAUGUCAACUGUAAGCGAUGGUCCAUGAAACCACGAAUGUUGUGAGCAACGGAACAGCAUUUCAGCUGUUAAACUAAAGGCUUUAUUGUGUUUUAUGUUGUUUCUGCUCAAUACACACACACACACAUCCAAUCAUGUCAAGGAUUGACAGAUCAAGCCAUAUUGUUAUUGUUUAGCUUUUUGUUAGAGAUGAUAUGAGAAGGGCAACAGUGCAGUUUUGUGCUGGAGUAACAAAUUAUAUCUAUAUUUGUCAACUGUACCAAAUAAAUACUUUCUUCUAAA